AUCGGCGCCGAGAGAAACCGACCUUCGCAGGGCAAGACGUGAUGAAGCUACAGAUUCUCUUUGUUUUGGUCUGUAAUGUACGGCUCGUUCCUUCGGAAGACACACCGAAACAAGACAUUCAGACGCACAUCGAGCGUCUGCACGAAAAGCUCCUGAGUGCUGACGUGUACGACAAAACACUGAGGCCCAUCCCUACCUCGAACGUGAGCACGGCCACCUUGGUCGAGGCGUCCUUCCCUCAUCGACACAUCGUCAGCGUCGAACUCGAUGAGGGAUGGCUUACUGUUGUUGGACCACUGUUGCUCGUGUGGACGGACGAGGCCCUCUCCUGGAACUCGAGCGACUACGGAGGUCUUACAUCCCUGGACAUUCCAACGAGUGAAAUCUGGACUCCCGAUCUGUCGGUCUUGAAUGCGGAAAUGGCAACCCCGAAGAUUUUCACAUCGAGUACAACUGACGUGUAUCUGGAAAACAGCGGCCAGAUAUUUCAGUCUCCGUAUGCACGCAUCAAGGUCCCGUGCCCCAUGGAUCUUGCCGAUUUCCCCAAGGACGAGCACACGUGCAAGAUACGCUUCUCGUCGCUCGCCUACAGUGACGACAUGCAGCAGUACGACACUGUGGCCGACCUAGCUGAGAACGCCCUGACUGCUACAGAUCCUUGGCAGGACCACCAGUGGGAAGUGACGGUGUUCCCGAUGUGGGGCAGCGGUGAGCUGUUGAACAGGACGUACCUGGAGCUGAAGUUUCGGCUCCGGAGGCGUUCCUCGGAGUACCUGUUCACCGUGACCUUGCCCUGGUUAUCGAGCGUGGUUCUGAUGCUUCUGGUCUUCUGCCUGCCCGCCAACUCUAGCCGUCGCCUGACCCUGUGCUGCAUCAACAUGCUGCUGCUUGCCCUCACGCUGCGCAGAAUGGUCCCUCUUCUUGGGGAUUCCUAUAGACCACCCAAGAUAAUGUUCUUCCUGGAGAGCGCCAUGCUGCUGCAGGCCGUGGUCGCCGCGAUCGCCGUGGCGUUCCUCAACGUGACGUCACAGCACGUGCUGUUUCCGGUGGAGGUUCCGGCUUCCGUGAUCCGGUUGCUGACAGGGUCGGCAGGCGCGGCGCUCUGCCUCUGCCACCUAGACUUGACGAGACAGGGAGCGGCUCACACCGCUCCACCUUCGCGAGCGGACGACCCUUCGCUGCCGCAGCCGGUCACGAGGCUGGGCCAGGAGCGGGCCAGGGAGUGGCUCCUGGUAGCCCACGCGCUCGACCGACUGUUCGUCGUCGUCUUCCUAGUGGCCGCCCUUUGCGUGAUGCCGCUGUGAUAGUACACUUAUAUGAAGAUGAAUUUGGACUGUUUGUGGAAGGUCUCUAUAGACUUUAAGCAGAAUCUUUUGCCUUCUUAUCGAGUUACGCUAUUGACCAUAUGACCCACCGCGGUAGCAUGUACAAGGUUAAAACAUCGCGCGCAUUAUCAAAGGGAAAGCUUAUUGCAUCUUGUAUCAUGUCUACAACCUACAUACUCUUGAUUUUUUCCGACGUUUCAUGUAAUGUUACAAAAAUAGCACAAUCGCAUGCAGCAUUAUACAAUCACACAAGGGCGUAGCGGUCACUUUACAUAUUAGUUUGCGUUAAUACAUAUCAUCCAUAGUGAUGAACUGACAGAGCCAGGGAUUGCUCUUGGAGCCGAAGCCUUCACGUAUAACUCUAUAUGUUAUUGUACAAAACCACAGCAGUCGUUCUGACAAUUUUAGUGAGUUUUUGACAAAUAUUUUUUUUUCACCGUAUCAGAAUCUAGAACACCAAAAAGCCGCCGUUGAUUGCUCCACUGGCCAAUAAAGCGUUUUAUAGCUCAAUAUGAUAUAGCA